GCUAUUCUGUGCCAGGGAGCCAGGGGUUCUAUGCAUCUUGCAUCUUUAUGACUACUAGAACUAGGACCAAUGACUACUGUUCAUGACAGGUAUGCGAAUAUGGCUUUUUGCACGAAAAAACUCUAAAAAGUAGAUCAUUUGGAAAGUGUGUCAAUGCAAACUUAUGACUCAAUGCGGUGUAGUUUGUUUUGAUUCUUCAAAAAUGGCAGUUCUAAUAAAGUAUAUUUGGAUAUCCCUAAAACCAUCAUCGCUCUUGGUGCUUAUUUAAUGUGAAAUGCUAAUCAGAGCUCUCUGACAUUGUAAAUUUGUUUUGAAUCGGCAGGUGUAGUGUUUCAUAUUGGAUACCUAAGAGUCAAAUAUGAGGAUAACUACUACAAGAAUGACAACACCAAUUGAGGAAAAAGUGGACCAAAAGCUCAAAGUUAGGACUGGAAUGGUCACAGUUAGUGAUGGAAAAAGUAGACCAAUUCCUGUUCAACUGCACCUCUCAAUGGAAGUUUUGCGUUUGCAAAAAGAGGAGCCAUUACCUCUUGAAUCAAAACCUUUGAAUUCAAAGGAGAGAAUGGUUCAGGUGAGACGUCAAAGGGUUGGUGGACUAGGAUUGAGUAUCAAAGGCGGAGCAGAGCACAAACUUCCGAUAUUGAUUUCUAGAAUAUAUAAAAAUCAAGCGGCUGAUCAAACAGGCGAGUUAUUUGUUGGAGAUGCUAUAAUAAAAGUAAAUGGGGAAUAUAUCACAGCCUGCCCUCACGAUGAUGCUGUGAAUAUUCUGCGUAAUGCUGGUGACUUGGUAGUGUUAACUGUGAAGCACUAUAAAGCGGCUACACCAUUCCUACAGAAACAAGACGAUAAGGAUUCACAACAAACAGAUAGUAAUAGUGAUGAAAAAGGUGCAUCAGAUGAGAGUUUACGGGUGACGACUAAUAGUACAAGUAGUAGACCAAGUUCUGUAUGUUCAGAACUUGAUCCUGAGCAAUCCCAGACACAUUGGGUGGAUAUCAUAGUGGUGCCUUUGAUGAUGGCUUAUGUUACAAGAUACAUUUUUGGGACUGACAAGUUGAGACCAAAUGCUUUUGAAGUGAGAGGGUUGAAUGGAAUCAGUACUGGAAUUAUACAUUGUGAUGAUUCUGCCAUACUUUCCCAGUGGUUGAAAUUUAUCACUGAUAAUAUUAUUGGACUCACUAAUCUGCAGAUGAAAUUGUAUAACCGAAACUUUAGUGUUUCUGACCGUAUAGAAUACAUGGGUUGGGUAAAUGAAGGAGUACUGAAUAAUAACCAUCCCUGGCAGAAUUACAAACCAAGGUUUUUUGCUCUAAAAGGCACCGACCUGAUGCUUUUCGAUUCACCUCCAUUGAAUGUUGUGGAUUGGAGCAAAUGCCCACUCAUGUUUAAAGUAUACCAGACCAUGUUUCGAGUGGUCAAGGAAUCUGAAAAUGUGGAUGAACGUCAGCAUUGCUUCUUGGUGCAAACAUCUGGACAGGAUUCUCGUUAUUUUUCUGUUGAAACUCGUCAAGAACUGCUAAGAAUUGAAAAUGCUUGGCACUGUUCUGUUUGUACAGCUGUUAUGAAAUUAGGGAACAAAACUUUCACUGUAAGCAGUAAUGGAAAAACUGCUGGACUGACUUUAGACUGGAACUUAGGAUUUUCUUUACAUGAAGGUGAUUCCAAAACGCCCCUUUGGCAAUAUAAAUUUUCUCAACUUCGAGGAUCAUCAGAUGACGGAAAAUCCAAGUUGAAAUUGCAUUUUCAAGAUAUUGAUUCCAAAGCCAUUGAGACAAAGGAACUGGAAUGUUCUAUAUUGCAAAGCUUGUUAUUUUGUAUGCAUGCUUUUUUGACUGCUAAAGUUGCCUCUGUCGACCCUGGUUUUUUGUGUUCGAUGAUACCAUAAACUCAAAUGGAUUAAUAGUCUGAUACCAUA